AUGGGUGUCCGCUGGAGGAAGCUGGCCCUGCUCUGGGCCCUAGGCCUCACUCUGGCCUGUGCCCAGCACACAGGCCAGGCCCAGGACAGCACUGCAGAGCUCGGCUAUGCGUACCCGGACCUCCCUCCUGCCCCCCAGGGGCCUGGCGGCAACUCCCUCCGCGGGGUGACCAUCCACCCGCCUCUGAGGAGCACCCCCCUGGUGCGAGCCCUGAACGCGGCGCACCGCGGGCGGGUGUGCAGCACAUGGGGUGACUUCCACUACAAGACCUUCGACGGCGACAUCUUCCGCUUCCCCGGGCUGUGCAACUACGUCUUCUCCGCGCACUGCGGUGCCGCCUACGAGGACUUCAACCUCCAGCUCCGCCGCGGCCCCGGCCCCAACGCCACCGCGCCCAGCAGGGUCACCAUGAAGCUUGACGGCAUGGUCGUUGAGCUGACCAAGGGCUCCGUCCUGGUCAACAGCCUCCCAAUUCAGCUGCCCUUCAGCCGCUCCGGAGUCCUCAUUGAGCAACGCAGCAGCGGCGUGAAGGUGGCGGCCAGGCUGGGCCUGGUCUUCAUGUGGAACCAGGAUGACAGCCUCCUGCUGGAGCUGGACCCCAAGUACGCCAACCAGACCUGCGGGCUCUGCGGAGACUUCAAUGGCGUCCCCGUCUUCAACGAGUUCUUCUCCCACAACAUCAAGCUGACCGCCACCGAGUUUGGGAAUCUGCAGAAGAUGGACGGCCCCACGGAGCAGUGUCAGGACCCUGCCCCUGAGCCCCCCGUGAACUGCUUGACCGGUUUUGGCAUCUGCGAGGAGAUGCUGAGCAGCGAGCCGUUCUUGGACUGUGCCGCCCUCGUGGACGCCAGCAGCUACGUGGAGGCCUGCCGGCAAGAUCUCUGCCACUGUGGCCAGGCCAACCUCACCAGCUGCCUCUGUCACACCCUUGCUGAGUACUCCCGCCAGUGCACCCAUGCCGGGGGGCUGCCCCUGGACUGGCGGGGCCCCCAGCUCUGCCCCCAGACGUGCCCCCUCAACAUGCAGUACCGCGAGUGCGGGUCACCCUGCGUGGACACCUGCUCCAACCUGGAGCACUCCCAGCUCUGCGAGGACCACUGCGUCGCCGGCUGCUUCUGCCCUGAGGGGACGGUGCUGGAUGAUGUCGGCCACACUGGCUGCAUCCCGGUGCCCCAGUGCUCCUGUGUGUACAACGGGGCCACCUACACUCCAGGGACCGGCUACUCCACAGACUGCACCAACUGCACCUGCGCUGGGGGCCGGUGGAGAUGCCAGGAGGUGCAGUGCCCGGGCACCUGCUCGGUGCUGGGCGGUGCCCACUUCUCCACGUUCGACGAGAGGCAGUACACGGUACACGGGGACUGCAGCUACGUGCUGGCCAAGCCCUGUGACAGCAGCGCCUUCACCGUGCUGGCCGAGCUGCGCAGGUGUGGACUGACCGACAGCGAGACCUGCCUGAAGAGCCUGACGCUGACCCUGGGCGGGGGGCACAUGGUCUUCGUGGUAAAGGCCAGCGGGGCGGUGUUUGUGAACCAGAUCUACACCCAGCUGCCCCUCUCGGCAGCCAACGUCACGCUCUUCAGACCCUCCACCUUCUUCAUCAUCGCCCAGACCCAGCUGGGCCUGCAGCUGGACAUCCAGCUGGUGCCCGUCAUGCAGGUGUUCGUGAGGCUGGCGCCCCAGCUCCAGGGGCAGACCUGCGGCCUGUGCGGGAACUUCAACCAGAACCAGGCCGACGACUUCCGGACCAUCAGCGGCGUGGUGGAGGGCACGGCCGCCGCCUUCGCCAACACCUGGAAGACCCAGGCCGCCUGCCCCAACGUCAAGAACAGCUUGGAGGACCCCUGCUCCCUCAGCGUGGAGAACGCACCCAGGAUGGGUGCCCAGAGCGGGUGCCGGGCCCUGGCCUGGGCCCUGGUGGUCCUGCCCUUGGUGCAGAAAGCAGAGACCCAGGGCAGCGCGGAGCAGAGCUGGGCGAGUCAGGAGGCUACCAUGAACGGUGGUGACCCGGCUCACUCUGCAGCCCGGCGUGUGACCUUCAUCCCGCCCAUCACUGGCUUCCCCACCAUGAGCUGUAAGUGGUCGCCGCCCAUUGCCCACAGGGGCGGGGGUGUUUGCCAGCCUCAGGGGGUGGUCACAGACCUGGGGCGCGCACUCCCCACAGCCCUGAACACGGCGCAUGGCGGGCGGGUGUGCAGCACAUGGGGCGACUUCCACUACAAGACCUUCGACGGCGACGUCUUCCGCUUCCCUGGGCUGUGCAACUACGUCUUCUCCGCGCACUGCGGUGCCGCCUAUGAGGACUUCAACCUCCAGCUCCGCCGCGGCCUGGUGGGCUCCAGGCCCACGGUCACCCACAUCACCCUCAAGACGCAGGGGCUGGUGCUGGAGGUCUCCAACGGGUCCAUCCUGGUCAACGGGAGGCGGGAGGAGCUGCCCUACAGCCGCGCCGGCCUCCUGGUGGAGGAGAGCAGUGCCUACAUCAAGGUCAACAUCCGGCUGAUGCUAACCUUCACGUGGAACGGAGAGGACAGCGCCCUGCUGGAGCUGGACCCCAGGUAUGCCAACCAGACCUGCGGCCUGUGCGGGGAUUUCAACGGGCUCCCGGCCAUCAACGAGUUCUAUGCCCACAAUGCCAGGCUGACCCCUCUACAGUUUGGGAACCUGCAGAAGCUGGAUGGGCCCACGGAGCAGUGCCAGGACCCCCUGCCCUCCCCAGCUGACAACUGCACAGAUGAGGAGGGCAUCUGUCGCCACACCCUGCUGGGCCCAGCCUUUGCUCAGUGCCACAGGCUGGUGGAUGCCGAGGUGUACGUGGCCACCUGCACCCAGGACCUGUGCCGCUGCCCCACCUGCCCAUGUGCCACCUUCGCCGAGUACUCUCGCCAGUGUGCCCACGCCGGGGGGCAGCCGCAGAGCUGGAGGGGCCCUGACCUCUGCCCCCAGACGUGCCCCCUGAACAUGCAAUACCAGGAGUGCGGCUCACCCUGCGCGGACACCUGCUCCAACCCUGAGCGCUCCCAGCUCUGCGAGGACCACUGCGUCGACGGCUGCUUCUGCCCCCAAGGCAGGUCCUGCACGGUGAUGGACGACGUCACCCACUCGGGCUGCCUGCCCCUGCGGCAGUGCCCCUGCAUGCACGGCGGCCGCCCCUACGCCCCGGGGGCCUCCUUCGCCACCAGCUGCAGCUCCUGCACCUGCUCCGGGGGACUAUGGCAGUGCCAGGACCUCCCGUGCCCGGGCAUCUGCUCCGUCCAGGGCGGGUCCCACAUCUCCACCUAUGAUGAGAAACUCUACGACGUGCACGGGGACUGCAACUAUGUCCUAACCAAGAUAUGUGCAGGCAACGCCCUCACCGUGCUGGCCGAGCUGCGGAAAUGCGGCCUGACGGACAACGAGAACUGCCUCAGAACGGUGACGCUGUGGUUGGACGGAGGCGACACGACCAUCCAGGUCCAGGCCGACGGCGGGGUGUUCGUGAACUCCAUCUACACGCAGCUGCCCGCGGCAGUGGCCAACGUCACCGUCUUCAGGCCGUCACCCUUCUUCAUCCUGGUGCAGACGGGCCUCGGGCUGCAGCUGCAGGUGCAGAUGGUGCCCCUCAUGCAGGUGUUCCUCAGGCUGGACCCCUCCUACAAGGGCCAGAUGUGCGGCCUGUGCGGGAACUUCAACCAGAACCAGGCCGACGACUUCCGGACCAUCAGCGGUGUGGUGGAGGGCACGGCCGCCGCCUUCGCCAACAGCUGGAAGACCCAGGCCGCCUGCCCCAACGUCAAGAACAGCUUGGAGGACCCCUGCUCCCUCAGCGUGGAGAACGAGAACUACGCCCGGCGCUGGUGCUCUGUGCUGACCGACCCUGCUGGGGCCUUCUCGUCCUGCCACUCUGUCAUCAGCCCUGGGCCCUUCCACUCGAACUGCAUGUUUGACACGUGCAACUGUGAGAAGAGUGAGGACUGCAUGUGCGCGGCCCUGUCCUCCUACGUGCGGGCCUGCGCCGCCCGGGGCGUGCUGCUCGUCGGCUGGCGGGACGGCGUGUGCGACAAGUACAUGAGCAGCUGCCCCAAGACCCAGAGCUACGCCUAUGUGGUGGACAGCUGCCAGCCCACCUGCCGCUCCCUAAGCCAGGCUGACGCCACCUGCGACGUGGCCUUCGUGCCCGUGGACGGCUGCACCUGCCCCUCAGGCACCUUCCUGGACGACACCGGCGGCUGCGUGCCUGCCGAGGCCUGCCCCUGCUACGCGCAUGGCUCUGUGCUGGCUCCAGGGGAGGUCCUGCACGACAACGGCGUGGUGUGUUCAUGUGUGAGCGGGAAGCUGAGCUGCCUGGGAGCCGUGGAGCAGAGCACAGGGUGCGUGGCCCCCAUGCUGUUCCUGGACUGUAGCAACGCCUCCGCGGACACGCCCGGGGCCGAGUGUGUGCGGAGCUGCCACGCGCUGGAUGUGGACUGUUUCAGCACGCGCUGCGUGUCGGGCUGCGUCUGCCCCGCGGGGCUGUUGGCCGAUGGGAGCGGGGGCUGUGUGGCCGAGGAGGACUGCCCCUGCCUGCACAACGAGGCCGCCUACAAGCCUGGGGAGACCAUCAGGGUCGACUGUAACACCUGCACCUGCAGGGGCCGCAGGUGGGAGUGCAGCCGCCGGCCCUGCCUGGGCACCUGCGUGGCCUACGGGGACGGCCACUUCAUCACCUUUGAUGGCGAGCGCUACAGCUUUGAGGGGAGCUGUGAGUACACGCUGGCCCAGGACUACUGUGCGGGCAACGACGCCAGCAACUGGAGCUUCCGCAUCGUCACCGAGAACGUCCCCUGCGGGACCACAGGCGUCACCUGCUCCAAGGCCAUCAAGAUCUUCCUGGAGGUGGGGGCACCUGGGAACCAUCUCCCUCCCUCUGCAGCCCCGUUGGAGCCCCAGCCGGGGCCCCUGGGCCUCCAGCUGUGGCCUCGGCCGCCGCCUCCCCGUGCCCCUCUGCAGAACUAUGAGCUGAUCCUCCACGAGGGUUCCUACAAGGUGGUGCAGAGGGGGCCAGGCGGAGACCUGCCCUACAAGAUCCGUUACAUGGGCAUCUACCUGGCCGUCGAGACCCGCAGUGGCGUGGUCGUGUCCUGGGACCGGAAGAGCAGCGUGUUUAUUCGGCUGCACCAGGAGUACAAGGGGAGGGUCUGCGGGCUGUGCGGGAACUUUGACGACAACGCCCUCAACGACUUCACCACGCGGAGCCAGUCCGUGGUGGGCGACGUGCUGGAGUUCGGCAACAGCUGGAAAUUCUCCCCGUCCUGCCCGGACGCCCAGGCCCCCAGGGACCCCUGCACCGCCAACCCGUACCGCAAGUCCUGGGCCCAGAAGCAGUGCAGCAUCAUCAACAGCGCCACCUUCAGCGCCUGCCAUUCUCAGGUCGACUCCACCAGGUACUACGAGGCCUGCGUGAGCGACGCGUGCGCCUGCGACUCGGGGGGCGACUGCGAGUGUUUCUGCACGGCCGUGGCCGCCUACGCCCAGGCCUGCCGCGACGCGGGCGUGUGCGUGUCCUGGCGGACCCCGGACAUCUGCCCCCUGUUCUGCGACUACUACAACCCCCAAGGGGAGUGCGAGUGGCACUACCAGCCCUGCGGGGCCCCCUGCCUGAGGACCUGCCGGAAUCCCCGCGGGCACUGCCUGAUGGACCUGCCAGGCCUGGAAGGUUGCUACCCAAAGUGCCCACCCAGCAAGCCGUUCUUCAAUGAGGACCAGAUGAAGUGCGUGGCCCAGUGUGAGGGCUGCUACGAUGAGGAUGGAAACUACUAUGAUGCCGGCACCAGGGUCCCCACGGCGGAGAACUGCCGGAGCUGCGACUGCACCUCCAGAGGCCUCCAGUGCACAUACAGCCCCGCGGCCUGUACGUGCACCUACGAGGGCAGAACCUAUGCCUACGGAGACGUCAUCUACAACACGACCGAUGGGCUGGGCGCCUGCCUGAUUGCCAUCUGCAGAGACAAUGGAACCAUCAUCCGAAAGGCCGAGGAGUGUCCCGGAACCACGCCCACAACGCCCUUCACCUUCACCAGCACUGCGGCUCCGCCCUCCACCACGGGCUCGGUCCCCACACCCUCCACCGUGUGCGUGCGGGAACAUUGCCGCUGGUCCGACUGGUACGACAGUGGACGUCCAGAGCUGGGCAUGGAAGGGGGCGACUUCGAGACAUUCGAGAACCUGAGGCAGAGGGGCUACCAGUUCUGCCCGGCCCCAGCGCAUGUCGAGUGCCGGGCCCAGCAGUUCCCGGAUAUGCCUUUGGAGAAGCUGGGUCAGAAGGUGGAGUGUGGCCAGGCCCGGGGGCUGACCUGCCUCAACAGUGAGCAGAACCCCCCGCUCUGCCACAACUACGAGCUGAGGGUCCUCUGCUGCGACUACGUGCCCUGCAGCACCAGCCUGGCCCCGGGCACCAGCCAGCGGCCAUCCUCCCAGCCCCUGCCCACCUCCACCCAGACCACACCCACCAGAGGAACCUCCCUCCUGUCCACGGUGGCCUCCACCUCACAGACCCCAACCGCCAAGUCCGCCUCAACUGUGACCCAAGUGGGCAGCAACUCUGUGGUCCUGGCCACCACCACCUGUGAGCCCCGCUGCCAGUGGACAGAGUGGUUUGACGAGGACUACCCCAAGUCCGAAGAGGCCGGAGGGGACGUCGAGUCCUACGACAAAAUCAGGCGUGCGGGAGGGGCCGUGUGCGAGCAGCCCCAGGGCAUAGAGUGCCAGGCCCAAAACUUCCCCAACGUGAGGCUGGAGGAGCUGAAUCAGCGCGUGCACUGUGACGUCAGCUUCGGCCUGGUCUGCAGGAACGACGAGCAGGUGGGCCUGUUCAAGAUGUGCUACAACUACAAAAUCCGCGUGCUCUGCUGUGGGUACAGCCACUGCGGGGAGCCCACGUCCCCCACCACCACGGCCACCACCUCCACUGCCACAGCCACCACUGCCGCCACCUCUACAGCCUCCACUGCCACCACAUCCACUGCCACAGCCCCCACGGCCACCACAUCCACUGCCACAGCCCCCACGGCCACCACCUCUACAGCCUCCACUGCCAUAGCCACCACUGUGGCCACCUCUACAGCCCCCACUGCCGCCACAUCCACUGCCACAGCCCCCACGGCCACCACCUCCACUGCCACAGCCUCCACUGCCACAGCCACCACUGUGGCCACCUCUACAGCCCCCACUGCCGCCACAUCCACUGCCACAGCCCCCACGGCCACCACAUCCACUGCCACACCACCACUCCUCCACUGCCACCGCAUCCACUGCCACAGCCUCCACUGCCGCCACCUCCACUGCCACAGCCCCCACUGCCACCACAUCCACUGCCACCACAUCCACUGCCACCACUGCCACAACUCCCACUGCCGCCACCUCCACUGCCACAGGCCUCACUGCCAUCACAUCCACUGCCACAGCCCCCACUGCCACUGCAUCCACUGCUACAGUCACCACUCCUCCACUGUGGCCACCUCUACAGCCCCCACUGCCACCACCUCCAUUGCCACAGCCCCCAUUGGCACCACCUCCACUGCCACAGCCUCCACUGUGGCCACCUCUACAGCCCCCACUGCCACCACCUCCAUUGCCACAGCCCCCAUUGGCACCACCUCCACUGCCACAGCCUCCACUGUGGCCACCUCUACAGCCCCCACUGCCACCACCUCCACUGCCACAGCCCCCAGUGCCACCACAUCCACUGCCACAGCCUCCACGACCACCACCUCCACUGCCACAGCCCCCACUGUGGCCACCUCUACAGCCUCCACUGCCACCACCUCCACUGCCACAGCCCCCACGACCACCACCUCCGCGGGCCCGCUGUCCACCUCACACCCUGAGACCAGCACGUCGGGAAUCCUGGUGCCGACAGCCACUACCACCUGUGAGCCCCGCUGCCAGUGGACAGAGUGGUUUGACGAGGACUACCCCAAGUCCGAAGAGGCUGGAGGGGACGUCGAGUCCUACGACAAGAUCAGGCGUGCGGGAGGGGCCGUGUGCGAGCAGCCCCAGGGCAUAGAGUGCCAGGCCCAAAACUUCCCCAACGUGAGGCUGGAGGAGCUGAAUCAGCGCGUGCACUGUGACGUCAGCUUCGGCCUGGUCUGCAGGAACGACGAGCAGGUGGGCCUGUUCAAGAUGUGCUACAACUACAAAAUCCGCGUGCUGUGCUGUGGGUACAGCCACUGCGGGGAGCCCACGUCCCCCACCACCACUGCCACCACAUCCACUGCCACAGCCACCACUGCCGCCACCUCUACACCACCACUCCCCCACGGCCACCACCUCUACAGCCUCCACUGCCACAGCCACCACAGUGGCCACCUCUACAGCCACCACUGCCGCCACCUCCACUGCCACAGCCCCCACGGCCACCACAUCCACUGCCACACCCCCACGGCCACCACCUCUACAGCCUCCACUGCCACAGCCACCACAGUGGCCACCUCUACAGCCACCACUGCCGCCACCUCCACUGCCACAGCCCCCACGGCCACCACAUCCACUGCCACAGCCCCCACUGCCACCACCUCCACUGCCACAGCCCCCACGGCCACCACAUCCACUGCCACAGCCCCCACUGCCACCACAUCCACUGCCACAGCCACCACUGCCACAGCCACCACUGUGGCCAACUCUACAGCCACCACAUCCACUGCCACCACCUCCACUGCCACAGCCACCACUGUGGCCACCUCUACAGCCCCCAGUGCCACAGCCACCACUGCCAGCACCUCCACAGUCCCCACGACCACCACCUCCACUGCCACAGCCCCCACUGUGGCCACCACUACAGCCACCACUGCCGCCACCUCCACUGCUGCUAGUGCCACAGUGGCCACCUCUGCUGCCACAGCCACCAUGGCCCCCACGGCCUCCAGCACCACCACCACUGUGACACCAGCCACGCCGCACACAACAUGGCUGGGGAGCACAGGGGUGACCACGUCCCCCGCCAGCAGUGCCACACCAGCACCUUCCCUUUCCACGGGGCUGACAGUCCGAGUGACAUCCUCGAAGCCCAGCCACACAGGCACGCUCCCAACAUCUGCCACGUCGGUCCUCCCGACUCACACAGCCUCAAGGGGGCCCACCCUGAUGUCGGUGACGACGCAGACCUCCACGUCUCAGCUGCUGACGGGAACAGCAACGGGCACAACGGGCACCACCUCCACGGGCCCGCUGUCUACCUCACACCCUGAGACCAGCACGUUGGGAAUCCUGGUGUCGACGGGCACCACUGGGGCCACCACCAGCACAACCAGUUGUCAACCCAAGUGCCAAUGGACAGAGUGGUUUGAUGUGGACUCCCCCACCUCGGGGGUCAGGGGCGGAGACAUGGAGACCUAUGACAACAUCCGGGCUGCGGGCGGCAAGGUGUGCGAGCAGCCGCAGAAGAUCGAGUGCCGGGCAGAGAGCUUCCCCGAGGUGAGCAUUGAGCAGAUCGGACAGGAGCUCAGCUGCAGCCUGGAGGUCGGGCUGGUCUGCAGGAACGACGACCAGAGGGGGAAGUUCACCAUGUGCUUCGACUACAACAUCCGUGUGUACUGCUGCGAUGAUGUCCGGCACUGCCCCACCACGGCUACCCCCCACCUCACCUCCACCACACUGCCCGCCACCAGCAGCUCCACAGCCACGGUGCCAUGGCCCUCGACCUCUGCCGUGACCCAGACGGGAGCCCCCACCACGGCCCCUCCAGCUACACACGUGAACAAGACCACCUUCGGGACCACCUUGCUGCCCACCCCCGUGACGCCCAACACCCGCUCCCUGCACCCCACGGCCUCCCCUCAGGUCACAGAGCUCCCCACCAGGCCCUCGGAGACCACACCCGGACCCCCCAUCACCACACCCAGCACAGGCCAGGCUACCUCCACCAGUGUGACAGGUCCCUCCUCCACGGGGACCACGCAGAGUGUCUCCACCCCCACCCGUGUGACAGGUCCCUCCUCCACGGGGACCACCGAGGGGGCGUCCACCCCCACCACUCUGACGGGUCCCUCCUCCACGGGGACCACCCAGGGGGUCUCCACCCCCACCACUCUGACGGGUCCCUCCUCCACGGGGACCACCCAGGGGGUCUCCACCUCAACCCGUGUGACAGGUCCCUUCUCCCCUGGGACCACCGAGAGUGUCUCCACCCCUAGUCCCUCUGCCUUCCCGGGGUCCCCACCCACGACCACCAAGCCAGGCUUGCCCAGUGUCUCUCCUACAGGUCCCCUUUUGACUUCACCCAUAUCGACCGCCCCCGGGUCCCCACCCACCACCCCUUCCUGGUCUGGGGUGACCUCUGGCAGCCCGGGGACCUUCUUCACCUCCACUGCCUCUCCCAGCCCCACCACAGCCUGCCUUUGCCACGCCUUCGGAAAGCUCUUCCUACCAGGGGACGUCAUCUACAGCAAGACCGACGGAGCAGGCUGCCUCUUCUUAGCCAUCUGCAACCAGCGCUGCGACAUCGACCGCUUCCAGGGCACCUGCCCCACCUUCUCACCCUCGGGGACCUCGGCCUCUGUUCCCCCAACCACCCCAGUUCCCGGCUGCAAUCACACCAUCCCUCCCCGACAGGUGAAUGAGUCCUGGACCCUGGAGGACUGCACGGUGGCUCGGUGUGAGGGCGACAACCGUAUCGUCCUGCUGGGGCCAAAGCCGAUGGGCAACGUCGUCUGCGUGAACGGGCACCUGCCCGUGCGAGUGCAGAGCGGGGAUGGGCCCUGUGACUACAGCUACGAGUGCGAGUGCUCCUGCAGCGGCUGGGGGGACACCCACUACGAGACCUUCGACGGCACCUCCUACUCCUUCCUGGACGAUUGCACCCACGUCCUCAUGCGGGAGAUCCAGCCGCGCCACGGGAACCUCAGCAUCCUCCUACACAACCACUACUGUGAGGCCGCCGCCAGCUGCCCCCGCGCCCUCAGCGUCCACUAUGAGUCCAUGGACAUCGUCCUCACCACCACCCCUGGCGCCGACGGGCAGGAGGAAAGCCUGAUCCUGUUUGGCCAAAUGCCGGUGAGGCCGAGCUUCAGCAAGAACGGCCUGACCGCGAUGGCGACGGGGGCCACCGAGAUGAGCAUCGAGAUUCCCGCCGUCGGCGUGAGCGUCAUCUUCAACGGGCGGGUCUUCCAGGCCCGGCUGUCCUACAGCCGCUUCAGCUACAACACCGAGGGCCAGUGUGGCACCUGCACCAACAGCCGCAGGGAUGACUGUCGCCGGCCCGAUGGCACCAUGGCCCCCACCUGCCAGGACAUGGCCCGGUCCUGGCUGGUUGCCAACAGCAGCGGGGAGGGCUGCUGGGCACCGACCGGGCUGCCCCCGACCACCAGCCCCCCCUUGCCAGCACCCAGCACACCCACCUCCACUCCGUGUCCCCCGGAACCCCUCUGCGAGCUGAUGCUGAGCCCGGUGUUCGCCGGGUGCCACGGCCUCAUCCCGCCCGGCCCGUUCUUCAGCACCUGUGUCAGCGACAGCUGCAGGCCCGACCGCCCUGACCGUCCUGAAGCGCUCUGCCAGAGCCUGGAGGCCUACUCUGCGCUCUGCCGCGCCCGGGGCGUGUGCCCCGACUGGCGCAACGCCACCAGCGGGCUGUGCGACCUCACCUGCCCGCCCACCAAGGUGUAUAAGCCGUGUGGCCCCGUGCAGCCCAAGUCCUGUGACUCCAGGAGCCAGAGCCUGGCGAGCAGGGGUCUGGCGGAGGGUUGCUUCUGUCCCGACGGCCACAUCCUCUUCAACUCCCACACGGACGUCUGCGUGCCCGAGUGCCCCUGCGUGGGACCAGAUGGGUUUCCCAAACUCCCUGGAGAGCGGUGGGUCAGCAACUGUCAGUCCUGCGUGUGUGAUGAAGACUCCGUGUCGGUGCAGUGCGCCCCCGUGCAGUGCGAGGCCCGGGGCCAGCCACAGGAAUGCGGCCGGGCCGGCUUCGUGGCCCAGACCAGGCCCCUGGCCGACAACCCUUGCUGCAUGGAAACUCUGUGUGUCUGCAACAGAAGCACGUGCCCCCAGAGCCCACCCAAGUGUAGGCCGGGAGAGGAGCUGGCCUGCACCCAGGCGGAGGACAGCUGCUGCCCCACCUUCAGCUGCCGGCCUCAGCUGUGCACCUACAACGGCACCGUCUAUGGGGUCGGUGCAACCUUCCCAGCGGUCAUUCCCUGCCACACAUGCACCUGCCUGUCCGUGGACACCCAUGACCCGACCGUGCUGUGUGAGGAGGAUGCCUGCGACACCACUUGUCCCCAGGGCUUCCAGUACUCGAGGGUGGCCGGGCAGUGCUGCGGGGAGUGCGUGCAGACGGCUUGCCUCACGUCCGACGGCCGGUUGGUCCAGCCCAAUGAGACCUGGGUCAACAGCCUCGUGGACAACUGCACGUUGUACCACUGCCAGGCUGAGAACGGGCCCCCUAUGCUGACCCCGACGCCCGUCGCGUGCCCGGACGUGUCCAGCUGCAGGGGCAUCCUCAGGAAAAUCGGCUGCUGCUACUCCUGUGAGGAAGUGGACUCCUGCCAGGUUCGCGCCAGCAUGACGGUCCUGCGACACCAGGGCUGCGCCACCCAGGCCGCCGUCAGCGUCCCCUUCUGCGAGGGCUUCUGCCCAGGAGCGGCCCGGUACUCCAUGGGGGCCCGGGCCACACAGUGCCCGUGCAUCUGCUGCAAGAAGACCAGGGCCCACCAGGAGGUGGUAACCAUGCAGUGUCCCAACGGGACGGCCUUCCAGCACACCUACACCCACGUGGACGAGUGCAGCUGUGGCCCAUCUUGCGUCUCCUCGGCCCAGGCUCCCGAGGACAGCACCCCCAACUUCCCGACCUAUGGGUCCACCAUUGUCUGACGCAUUCUGCCCCCCCUCCGCCCGCCCCACCUGCCCCACCUGGAGCCAGAACACGUACCACCCAGCCACGGAAACCGCGGGAGCCCACGCACACCUUCCGUGGAUACCACUGCCCCCGCCCACUUUACACCUGCCCCAGGUGAAACCCAGGCCUUGGCGGGUGACAGCGUAGUGAGGGUCGGCUUGAGGAGGACCCCAGGCUGGGGGGACCUGCCCUCAGAGCCCCUCCUGCCUGCUUUGGCCACCUGCCUGGCCUUCGGGCCCUGACCUUCAUCUGAAACACAAGCACCCGCUCCACCCAGGCUCACCCCCCGCCCUGGUGUCAGAGGGAUGCCCCGGAGAAAACUGCACACCCACUGCCGUGCUGCUCCCAUGGCGGGCCUGUGUGCCCCCCACUGCCCCUCGAAGCCCCGCGGUGCACAGGUGCCCGCUGGCUACACCUCUUGCAGCUGAGCGCAGACUGAGGCCUGUCCGGGCAAGGCUGGCUACCUGCCCACGUCCGGACCCCGGCCUGAGGCUCCGAGGGCCAAGGGAUGGGCCCCGGCGGGGUCGGCACCCCACAGCUCCCGCUCUGCUCACCCAGCCCCCGUCUCUGAAAAUAAACACCGAGCAUCA